AUGAGUAAUGUAGUGGAAUUAUUAAUAAUAUUAUUGGAUGAAAUAAAACCAUUAAAAAAUAUAAAAUUGGAUGAUUGGAAUUUAAUAAUUAAUUCAGUUAAAAAUAAUCUUAAUAAUUCCAAAAAUUUCAUUUAUUCAUCACCAGAUCCUUUAAUUGAAGCUUUCUCUACAUUACUUAAUUCAUAUCUUUCCAAUAAAUAUGGAUUACCAGGAUCAAAUUUAUAUAAUGCAUUAACACUUGGACGUAUAUUAAGAGAAAAUGUGAAUAUAAAUCAAAAUAUAGAAGAACAAAAUAUAAAUGAUGAUGAUAAAAAGAAAAAUAUAUUUGUUAAUACUAUUAAAAGAUUAUUCAAUAAAGAUGUGGAGAAUGAAAUAAAUGAAAGAAGAUAUUAUAGAGAUCCUUAUAAAUUAAGAUCUGGUUCUUCUAAAGGUGGUUCACAACUUAUUUCAUCCAAUACCACUACUGAUACUAAUACUAUUAAUGAGAAUAAUGAAGAUACUAAUAUUACUAAUGAGAAUAAUGAGGUUGAGAAUUUGGAUAUUACCAAUGAAAAUAAUACAAUUUUAAUUGAAGAUACUUCCUCAGUAACGGUGCUUGGUCAAGCAGAUAGUAAUACUAAUAACCUAACUACUACUGUGGAAACUACCACUGAGGAUACUAGUACCAUUGGAGCAAGCACCGUUACGGAGGAGAAAAAUAAUAAUGAAAUUGCUGUUGUUACUAAAACUAGGGAGUCCGAUACUAAUUCUAAGGAUACUAAUAAUAAGGAUACUAAUAAUAAGGAUACUAAUAAUAAGGAUAGUACUAGUAAGGAUAUUAAGGGUAGUGAGGUUAUUAGUAGUCAGACUAGUACUGCUGGAGCAAGCACCGUAACGGGCACCGUAACUGGGAACAUAUAUAUACCAUUAAAUAAUAUAAUAAAUGAAAUGAAGAAUAUAAAUUUAUAUGUAGUAGCAUUAGAAAUGAUAAGAGCAAGUGUACGUAAUGUGAAUAAUCAAAGAGAUGUAUUUAAUUAUAGAGCAAUAGAUCCAAGUGUAUUUAAUACAAAUGGUAUAGAUUAUUCUAUACAAAUAAUUACAUCAAAUGUAAAACAACAACAUCAUAUUAAUUUCGGUGAUAUUUUACGACUUAAACGUGUUGAUGCUUUUACUGUUAUUGAUAAAUUUGGUAAAAAACAUAUUAAUAUUAUUAUGUCUAUUAAAAAUUUCCCUACUAUGCGUUUAUGGCAUUCUAAUCUUUAUAAUUUUUCCAAUACGGUGCUUGGUCACACAGCUACCACUUCCACUACCAAUACUACUACUAGUACCACUGGACCAAGCACCGUUACGGAGGGAAAGAGAGCUAAUUCUAUGGGUAUGGAGUGUAAUAGGGAAAGGGAGCUAAUUAACACUUUUAGUACCCCGGGAAAGAGAGCUAAUUCUAUGGUUACAGAGUGUACCAUGGGAAAGGGAGCUACAGUUACUAAGGAUACUAAGGGUAAUAUGAAUACUAGUACUGAGGACAGUGAGGAUAUUGGUGGUGGUGGACCAGACACCGUAACGGAAGUAAUAAAUAUAUAUGGUGGAAUAAAAAUAAAUAUAACAAAUGAAGAUAAUAGAAUAAUAGAAUUUUUAAAGAAUUGGUCAAAGAAAUUGAAUCCAAAUCAAUUAUUAACAUCAGAAUAUUUAAAGAAAUUAUCAGAAGCAUCAGAAAAUCCAUAUGAUUUUAUAGUGAAAAUAUUAAGUGUAUGGAUUAAUGAAAAUACAAUAUUAGUAACAGAUAAUAUAAAUAAAGCAAUUGUAUGUAAUUUUGAUCCUAUUUUAAUUUCCAAUUUAUUUAAUAGUUUCAAUCCAUUACAACGUGGUGAUUGGAUCAAAUUACGAUCAUUUGUUAGAAUCUUUAAUGAUAAUAAAAUUAUUACACUUACUACUACUAAAUAUUCUUGUGUUACUAGAUUACCAUUACAAUUCUUUCAUAAUCAACAGGAUAAGUUCGUUACGGUGUCCGUUACGGUGACUGGACCACCGGACACUAGUUCCUUAGUUAUAUAUAUUAUUUUGACUAAUUUAAUUAAUUUGAUUAUUAAAUUGAUUAGUAAUUUAAUACGUGAAAGAAGAGUAAAUUUGGAUGUAUGGAGUAAGACAUCAUGUUUAAAUAAUAGUUUUCCAAAACGUUUUAAACGUUCACCAACAUUUAUACAAAAAUUAUUAAGUACACAACCAAUUGUACUACGGGAAAGAGAGCUAAUUGUAGUAAGGAUAGUACAAGUACUAAGGGAGCUACAGGUACUAGGUUCGAAACCCAGUGCAGUAAUCCUAAUAGUACUACUACUACAGAAAGUACUACUGAACAAAAUACUACUAUCAAUAGUACUAACAAGGGAAAGGGAGCUAACUACAGGUAUGGAGUGUACUAGUACUAAUAGUGUAAGGGAGCUAAUAUACACUUUUGGUACUCCCGGAAAGGGAGCUAAUUCUAUGGUUACGGAGUGUACUAGCGAGAAAAAAUCUCCUCCAAAGGGAGCUAAUACUAACACUAACACUACUACUGUACUACUAUACUCUAUACUUACUACUAUAACUACUGUAUACUACUAG